AUGGGCAAGGAUAACAAGGUGUCGUUCAACCUCAAGACCCCCAAGGGCACCAAGGACUGGGCCGGGUCGGACGCCCUCCUCCGCGACCGGAUCUUCACGACCAUCGCCAACGUCUUCAAGCGCCACGGCGGCACCGCGCUCGACACCCCCGUCUUCGAACUCCGCGAGAUCCUCGCCGGCAAGUAUGGCGAGGACUCCAAGCUGAUCUACGACCUGCAGGAUCAGGGCGGCGAGAUCUGCUCGCUGCGCUACGACCUGACGGUGCCGUUCGCCCGCUGGCUCGCCAUGAACACCGACGUCCGCAGCAUCAAGCGCUACCACAUCGCCAAGGUCUACCGCCGGGACCAGCCCGCCGUCAGCAAGGGCCGCAUGCGCGAGUUCUACCAGUGCGACUUCGACAUCGCCGGCCAGUUCGACCCCAUGGUGCCCGACGCGGAGGUCCUGCGCAUCGUGACCGAGGUCUUCGAGGAGCUCGGCUGGCAGGGCCGCUACGGCAUCAAGAUCAACCACCGGAAGGUGCUCGACGGGCUGUUCGAGGUCUGCGGCGUGCCGCAGGAUAAGAUCCGGCCGAUCUCGAGCGCCGUCGACAAGCUGGAUAAGAUGCCGUGGGCGGAGGUGCGCAAGGAGAUGGUCGAGGAGAAGGGUCUCGACGGGGAGGUGGCCGACCGCAUCGAGAAGUACGUGAACCUGAAGGGCGGCCGGGACCUGUUGAACUCGCUGCUGCAGGACGAGGCGUUGGUGGCCAAUGCCUCGGCCAAGGCGGGUCUCGACGACAUGGGCUUGCUCAUGGAUUAUUUGGACGCGUUUGGCGUGCUGGACCGCAUGUCUUUUGACUUGAGUCUGGCGCGUGGACUUGAUUACUACACCGGCGUCAUUUACGAGAUCGUCACCGAAGGCUCCGCCCCGCCAGCGCAGUCAGCGGAAGAGACCCCGAAGCCCAAGUCAAGCAAGAAGAGCAAGAAGGGCAGCAACGGCGACGACGACGACCGGUCCAACGACCCGACGGUGGGCGUGGGCAGCGUGGCGGCGGGCGGCCGCUACGACAACCUGGUGGGCAUGUUCCAGCCCAAGGCGCAGAUCCCGUGCGUGGGCGUGUCAUUCGGCGUGGACCGCAUCUUCUCCAUCACCAAGGCGCGUCUCGAGCGGGACCAGAGCGCGGACGUCCGCAGCAGCGAGGUGGAUGCCUUCGUCAUGGCGUUUGGCGGCAAGGGAUUCACGGGGAUGUUGAAGGAGCGGAUGAGCGUGUGUCAGGGUUUGUGGAAUGCCGGACUUAAGGCCGAAUUCUCCUACAAAGUCAAGCCCAAACUCCCGCAGCAAUUCAAAGCCGCCGAGCAAGGCGGCGUGCCCUUCGCCGUCAUCCUGGGCGAGGACGAGAUGGCCGCCGGCAAGGUGCGCAUCAAGGAGAUGGGCCUGGAAGACGGACACCCGGAGAAGGAGGGCGUGCUGGUUGAUCUGACGGCCCUGCCGACGGAGCUGAAGACGCGACUGGAUGCGAAGAAGAGCGUGGCGGGGGUGACGCAGCAGUUGGAGCAAGUUACUGUUUAG